CUAGAUGGAGCCCUCAGGCAUCCCAGAGUCCACCACCCCUUUUGAUUAUGAUCCUCAGAGCUUUCUGUGUGAGAGCAAGACCUUCACCUUUGCCACCUUCAGCACCACUAUCCUGUACUUCUUGGUGUUCAUCCUCAGCCUCGUGGGCAACAGCCUGGUGUUGUGGGUCCUGGUAAAGUAUGAGAGCCUGGAGUCCCUCACCAAUGUCUUCAUCCUCAACCUGUGCCUCUCAGACCUGGUGUUCUCCUGCUUGUUGCCUGUGUGGAUCUUGGGAUACCACUGGGGCUGGGUGCUGGGAGACUUCCUCUGCAAGCUCCUCAACAUGUUCUUCUCCAUCAGCCUCUACAGCAGCAUCUUCUUCCUGACCAUCAUGACCAUCCACCGCUACCUGUCCGUAGUGAGCCCCCUCUCAUCCCUGCGUGUCCACACCCUCCAAUACCGCGUGCUAGCGACCACAGCCGUGUGGGCAGCCAGCAUCCUGUCCUCCAUCCCCGAUGCCAUCUUCCACAAAGUGUUUCCUUCGGGUUGUGAUUAUUCAGAACGCACGUGGUUCCUAGCCUCAGUCUACCAGCACAAUGUCUUCUUCCUGCUCUCCGUGGGGAUUAUCCUGUUCUGCUAUGUGGAGAUUCUUAGGACCCUGUUCCGCUCACGGUCCAAACGGCACCACCGGACAGUCAGGCUCAUCUUCACCAUCGUGGUGGCAUACUUCCUCAGCUGGGCUCCCUACAACCUGAUCCUGUUUCUGCAGACACUAUUGAAACUUGAAGUCAUCCAGAGCUGUGAGGUCAGCCAGCAGCUGGAUUACGCCUUGCUUAUCUGCCGCAAUGUUGCCUUCUCCCACUGCUGCUUCAACCCGGUGCUCUAUGUCUUCGUUGGGGUUAAGUUCCGCAGGCACCUCAAAAGUCUGCUCCGGCACUUCUGGCUCUGCCGGCAACAGGCUCCCCCAUUACCUCACUCACCAGGUGCCUUUGCCUAUGAGGGUGCCUCCUUCUACUGAAAGGGCGUUUAGUGGUGCAGGUGGAGGUGGACAGAGGAGCUGGAGUGGGAGCAAGGACAAGCAGGGCAGGAAGGAGCAUCACAGGAGGCACAACAUUGGGGACGCUACAGCUGCACAGGUGGGGAUGAAAGAAUACAUUACACCA